AUGUAUGAUAAAACGAAUACAUCAUCAACAGAUUAUUAUGUUGGUGGUUCAGAGCAAUACAAACAAGACGCAAAAGAAGCACCAACAUGGAAACAGCUGUUGCCUCGCUUACUACUGUUUCUGUUUAUUGGAGUAAUUUCAUUGGUAUUUACCAUUUCUUUGGCACACUAUGUACUCGACAUUGGUUUGCCCCGUACACUGGAAGACGUUCAACAAACGGCACUUCAGCUAGAGGAAUUAAUCGCUAAUAGUUGGACCGGGUAUGGGUCAGUCACUGUUGUGUUUGCUGUCUUGUACCUCUGGCAACAGGCAUUCUCGAUUCCUGGCUCAGUAUUGCUGAAUCUGUUAGCAGGUUAUCUCUAUGGUAUUACCAUGGGAAGUGUGUUGACCAGUUUCCUUACGGCGGGAGGAGCUACUUUAGCGUACGGCUUAGCCAUUUUGGUAGGAGAACCAUUGAUUCGGGUUCCUUGGUUUGCUCGUAAAGCAGAGCCCUUGUACCGCCAAGUGGAGUCAGAAAGACAAAGUGGAGGAUUAUUCUGGUGGUUAUUGUUUGCACGAUUAUUCCCAUUUUCACCUUACUGGUUUAUUAACUUGGUAUCGCCCUUGUUGGAUAUACCUGUCUCACCUUUCUUUUGGUCCACUUUCUUUGGUUCUAUGCCCUAUAAUUUUGUUUGUGCCCAAGCCGGUGAUGUAUUGGGUGAUUUAACUUCCACUUCCGAUAUUGUUUCUGUGUCACUCGUCAUCAAACUUCUGAUUGUAUCGUUUAUUUCACUCGUGCCAGUCAUCUGGGGUAAGGCUAUCCAACAAUGGACACGCCAGAUAAUGGGCCUUCCUCCCAUUUUAGAUGUCGACUUGGAAAAGUCUUUGACAAAUGAUGACCUUGAGUUGACCGGUGAUGGUUACGCAAGAUUACCCCAACAACAGCAACAACAACAAUAA